GAACUUUCAUUUGACGAUGCACUGGUGGCGAAAGACGAAGACGAGGAGGAUGAUUUGUGUUUCGAUGAGAACGGUGUUUGUAUCCUGGAGAUGGAACCGUGGCUAGCAUUCAAAGGAAGAUAUCGGGAUAUGCAAGCAAUUUUGAAGUUACGUUUCAAGCUGAUGUCAUAUUUUUUGGAAGUUAUGAAGAAUCCGGGACGUAGUGAAAGUGCUGAAGACACGGUCAGUAAUCUUGCUUUGUUUGAAAUGUCCUUGUACCGGUUUUACGGAAUCGAUUAUUUUCUGCUGUUUGAUCAAGUUAGAAUGCGGAAAUCUUCCACCAGUGGAUGA